AUGCUGCGCAUUUUGUCCUUUCAUUGCCUUCUCGGUGCCCCUAUUCCGCACUACUACUCAUCUAAACGACAAGCUACUAGCGAAAAGCUCGUCUUCUCCCAUUUCAUGAUCGGUAUCGUCUCCAACAGGAACAAUGCCUCCGACUAUGAUGCUGACAUGCAGCGCGCGAAAUCUUACGGUAUCGACGCAUUCGCGUUGAAUAUCGGUACAGACGAUUACACCGACACGCAGUUGGAAUAUGCAUAUGAGUCUGCAGCCAACAAUGACAUGAAGGUCUUUCUCUCCUUCGAUUUCAACUGGUGGGAUCCAUCCGAUGCCUCGGGUGUUGGGUCCAAAAUUGCGCAGUAUGGUAACAAAUCAGCACAACUCACCAUCAACGGCAAGGUGUUUGUUUCGUCGUUUUCAGGCGACAGCUUAGACAUCGUUACCGUACGCUCCACAGCAGGUCUGGACUUGUUUGUGGCGCCCAACUUUCACCCCGGAGAAGGUGACUUUUCCAAUCUCGACGGUGCCCUCAACUGGAUGGGCUGGCCCAAUGAUGGCAACAACAAGGCACCGCAGGGAGGUGUAGAUAUCACUGUAACUGAUGGUGACAAGACCUAUUUGACAACCAUCGCCGACAAAACUCUCAUUGCUCCGGCCUCGCCCUGGUUCUCUACCCACUUUGGCCCAGAAGUCACGUACAGCAAGAAUUGGGUGUUCCCCGGUGAUUUACUCUGGUAUCAACGCUGGAAUGAUAUCCUCACAUCGGCACCGGAAUAUGUUGAAAUCAUAACAUGGAACGACUACGGAGAAUCUCACUACGUUGCUCCAUUGUCAUCUCCUCACACCGACGACGGCGGCUCUAAAUGGGUUAAUGACAUGCCUCAUGAUGGCUGGCUCGAAAUGGCUAAGCCAUUCAUAUCUGCAUACAAAGCCGGCUCUACUACUGUUUCUGAUCACAUAACCGACGACCAAAUCAUCUACUGGUAUCGUCCGACACCACGCGAUAUCGACUGCGAUUCCACAGAUACUACCAUGGGGGCUGCUAAUAAUGCCAGCGGCAACUAUUUCAACGGCCGUCCAAACGGCUGGGAAACACUCACCGAUGAAGUAUUUGUCGUCUCUCUGCUCACCGCCAAAGGAACCGUCACCGUCAAUUCCGGAGGCACGGAAUAUAGCUAUGACGCCCCGGCCGGUGCAUCUGCAUUCUCCGUUCCAAUGGGUUUAGGUGCACAAGCCUUUGCGCUCACCCGGGACGGUAGCACCGUCAUUAGCGAUACCAGUCUGAAAGAGAUCGUCUCGGACUGUAUAUAUGGAAUUUAUAACUUCAACACCUACGUCGGGACUGUUCCAGCCGGAGAUUCUGACUCACUUCAAGCGGAUGGACUGACUGCGCUCACGUCAGGCCUUGCUGUUGCCGCCGAGGCCACCCCUUCUUUGCCUGCUACCGCUCCCGCUACGGUGGCUGUUACUGCUACUGGGACACCCACGCCCGCUCCUACCAGCUCUGUUUAA